CCUCGGAGUAUGUGUUCGACUUGGGAAAAUCAAAAUUACUCAAAUCCAACUACAGGCUAGAGGUGGGGGAAAAUCGUGGUUCAUGGCUCCCAGCGUAUUCAUCGUCCUUUUUUGGCGCCUCUCCGUGCAGCUUCUCUACCCGUAUGGAUACAUGGACUGUUCGCUGCAGGAUGCCCUGGCCAACGACAACCUAAUAUGGAGCAUGGGAGAUCGGAUGGAGGUGCAGCUGUUGAAGCUGAUGCGCAAAUCUUUUCGGACCACGACCAUGCUCGUGCUGAUGAUGGAGUUGAUGGCCAUGCUGGAAGCAGCCCUGAAUUUUCCACUGGACCUGGCCGCCAGAAUUUAGUCCCGGGAUUGAACUCUGUCCCUGGGAAGUGUUCUCACACCGUUUCAUUUAUCGUCCCAUCAAAACAACAGUGCUCAAAUAAUUUCAA